GCAACACAUUAGUCACUUUCCAGUCCCGCCGUAACAGGAAAAGGAUGAGUGUCACAUAUUGGAUAUUACUGUGGUUCUGUGGUCUAACUUUGGCCCAGGAUGUUGUACCUGAAACAGAUGUCGCCACUGAAACAGGGUCAUGCUUUCCAGAUAUGUGCAAAUUCCUCAAAGAGUUUGGGGCCAUGAAAGAAAAGCAAGAAGGUUUGGAAACAAGACUCAAGGAGACUGAAACCCAGGUUUCAGAACUGAAGAAGAAAGAAGCAUCCAAGAUAGCAUUCAGUGCUGCAUUAGGUGGAAAUGGGCAUGUUGGGACCUUCAACAUCGACACAACACUGAUAUACAGCACAGUGAUAACAAAUGUGGGCAAUGCCUACAAUCAUCACACAGGUAUUUUUAGUGCACCUGUUGCAGGUGUAUAUUACUUCACCUUCUUUUAUCAUGCUGGAGGAAGUGAACUUGUGAGUCUGGCCCUUAUGAAGAACAGUGAGGUUAUUUCUACAGCCUAUGACCAUAAAACAUCGCAUGACGGGGCUGAUAAUGGAGGCAACGCAGCAUUCCUGCAACUACAGCAGGGAGACCACGUGUAUAUGCGGCUGAUUGCCAGCACUCAUGUCUGGGGAAACAACCAUAUCACCACUUUUAGUGGUGCUCUUCUGCAUCCUCUCUGAAAUCAACUGUGUAAGAGUUUUAAGAAAUAAAGUUGUUAAGAACAUAUCUGACUGUAUAUCUCUGAAUAAAAUUUGCAUGAUCAUGUUAA